AUGGAUCGUAACGUGAUCACUUCAAACGCUGUUUCAUACGCUUUCACUACCAUGAAGGCUAUGAAGGAAGAUGGGAAUCUACCUAGCUGUGACUACUGUGAGAGAUUGCAGCGUACGAAGGUGCGCUCACUGGUGGUCUCCGAGAACAACGAAAGUCCGGAUAUACAGCCAUCCGAAGUGGUGGAUAGCCAAGAACUGGGAUUCGGUGAAGGCCUCCCUCUGAACCAUCCCUUGAUUCAUAAUUUUUUAGCCGACCAGAGGCUAUGGGUUAACGGAAUGCUUCCCGAGGAUCAUUUCUUGAGGGACUUGGCCUGCGACCUGGACGAUGAAUUUCUAUUUGGCGGACAGCAAUGA